AACGCGCACCUUGCAUAGCAACCUUGGAAAACAACAAUGGCGGAUUGAAAUCUGAAAACUUUUAAUUUCCGUUAACUGGUUGCAAUUUUCCUUGAAAGGAUGUCAAAGGCUGGUAAAAGAGGAAAAAGCGCACAAGGCGCUGGAGGUCCUGCAAAAUGGGAAACAGCGCUUCUCUCGAUCGCAUUAGAAGAGGAGAAAUGGAAACCAAACAUUUCAUUUGUAGUUGGUAAGCAGGCAGAUGAUUAUACAUGGGUCAAUGUUCUUGGACAAACCGUAAAUGCUGGCUCCAGAAGGCUUUUCUCUGCAUUUUCAAAACAAGAGCUAUACAGUGAGGUAAUGGAACUUGGAAAUCCUAAAGGAAAAAAGCCUAAAGAAACACCAGCACAUUAUGAGAUAUGUGAACCCUGCAAAAAUCACCUUGACCUUGGUGAAGAGAUACCUCUUCACCUUUUAGCCAAGCUAAUUAAGUUCAAGCUUCUUUGGAUUAAACAAAAUGACUUAAAAAGGAGAGAAGCUGAAAAGAAGGCUGCAUUGGAAAGAGAAAAGGCAAAAGCAAAGGCAGCAGAGAAAGCUGCUGGUGGUGGUGGAGGAAAGGAAAGAGCUAAAUCUCCAGGGAAAGGCAAGGGCGGUGGUAAGAAAACACCAGAACCCCAGCAAGCAAAAGAAGGUAGUAAACUGAAGAAGAGAGGAGAAGAAGAUCCAGAGGGAAAAUAUAUUGAUGAUGAACCAGAUGAUGGGGCAGACCACUACAUAAUUAUCUAUGGUUUUCACUUCCCACAUCUGUUUGGCCUUAUGUCAGAGCUAGGUCUAAAUGUGUCGUCUUUACUUUGUGUCACCUCUCAGGAUUACAGCAGGUUCCAGGUUCAAGAAAGUGAUGAACAACCUAUUGAGAAGGAUGAGAAAACAUUGGUAUCAAUCGUACCAUCCAAGACCUCACUUCUUUCUGGAAAAUCCUCACUCAUAUCUAGUAAGAGUGAACAUCAAAGUUUGGAGAAUCGGGCUAAUAAAAUGUCAUCAAAAAUCUCUACAAGUAGUGGUAACACCCAGGAAGAAAAUGCAAGAGAAGAGAAAGCAGAGUUACAGAAAGAAUUGAAAGCAUUCUGGCGGGAUGUUCCAUCAGUCCUACUCAAACAACAAUGUCUACAUGAUAUUGCAAGGAAGGAUUAUGAAGUGAAAAACCUCCUUGUGCCACAAAAUUUAGAAGAUCCAGAACAAAAGACACAAUUUGGAGGUGGGCCUUGUUUGAGGACAUUGGCAUUGUUUAUAAUAUGGGUUUUCCAUGACAAAGACCAUAUUUUAAGUUAUUUUUCAUAUUUUAUCUUUCAAACCAAAGGGGCGGAGUCUGAGAUAUAUUCUGUUUCUAGUGUCACACCCACAUAUGAAGUGGGUGAAUCUGUUACUCCUUUAACCCCGCCCCCAGCACCUAGACCUGACCCACCCACAGAAACUCCUAAUAAGAAAGGAAAGAAGAGCCGGCCUGAUUCUGCUGGGAGUGGGAAGAAAAAAGGCAAAGGAAAGAAGGGAAAACGGGCACAUUCACCAGCCCCAUCAGAUGACAAGAAAAGCCCGGAACCUGCCAAAGAAGAUUCAAGAUCAUCGUCUGCUGACAGCAGGAAGGGUAUUCUGCGUCCUUCAUCAAGGUCAAGUUCUAGAGAUGGCAAGAGGUCAAGGUCACCAUCAGCAGGAGGGAAACAUGGCAGUUUGUCAUGUGUAUCAGUUCACUUUGAGGCAGACAAGGAAGGUCAUACAAUUGCACAUGUUGUUGAUGAUGAAAGAGGUGAAGAAGAAGUGGAGAUUCUUGAAGGGAAGACAACAGAAGAGAGUAUGAAUGAGAUUGUAGAUGCUCAGAAACGUCAACUUGAUCAAUGGUGCUUUGCUGAACAUUAUGAAAAUAAAGUCUUACUUCAGGUAUUAAAGGAUGCAAUGUACAAGCUGCCAUUUGUAGAUACGUAUUACCAUAAACGUGACCAUUCUUUGAUGGUGGUUUUACAUAACCCACAUAAUCCAGAGUUCCAGAAUCAUGAAGACUGGCACACUGAACUACACUCUAAUGUUGGAUUCAGGAACUAUCUUGAUUUUGUUGAGGAGGGUAUCUCUGAUUGGUUGAAGGAAGAAGAGGCCAAGUACCAGGCUCACAUGCUGUCUCAGGAACUAGACAAAAUGAGAUUGGAUGAGGAAGCAGCUAGCAGAGCCUCGGAGAGGGCAAACAAGAAGGGAGCUAAACGAUCAGCUAAAGGCAGCAAAAGGAGCAGUAGUAAUGGUACUAGUAACCAAUCAUCUCCAAGAUCAGCUUCACGUUCAAAGUCUCCAAAAGGUUCAAGAGGAAGCAGCCAGGAACGGCCAUCCUCGGCUGGGUCUGGUAACAUGUUCAUCAGGGAAGGGUCACUGAAAGCCUGGAAGAUUGAGCAAGACAAAAUAAAAUCUGAGGAGGAAGAAAAAGAAAGAGUGAAAAGCGCUAAAAGGUCAAAAUCCCCCAAGUCAAAGAAUGAAAAAGAGGAUCCAAAGAAAAGGCCUGGUUCUCGUGGCAGUGCAAAGUCUAAAGGCUCUGCUAGAGACCAGGAACCAGAAGCUACAGCUGCAGACCUAGAACCACUGAGUGCUGAAAAAUAUUGGCCUUUCUCUGGCUAUGAUGUUGGCAAUAAUUUAAUCCAAGUGUCUGGUAUCACAUCAACAUUAUUUCCAUCAGAUGGUGGUCAGAUCAGAACUGAAAAAAUAGAGUACAUUCAAGGUACAUCUAGUGUGAAGACCUCAGUGCUGAAAGAUGACCAUAUCUUUACUGUACAUAUCCUUGACCCCAAGGAAAAUCAGUCAGAUGACAGUGACCUUGACAUGGAUGGUGUAAUUAGGGAUGGAGCAGAAAAGGCAGAAUUUGAAAAACCAGAGAAAGAAAAUAAGGACAUUGGAGAGAGUGUUUUCUCAGACAGACAAUCCAAAUCAACAACAAGUAAAAGAAAAUGCAAGACAUCUAGUGUAAGCGCAUUUGGCUCUGUGACAGCAAACUUUAAUGAUGGAAUGAUGUUGGCCCUCAGCCAGUUUGGAGAAACAGGCCAAGCUCCAGAUGGUAAGAAGUAUGAGCCUGAACCAUAUUCACCACCAUUGACAGAUCCGAGCCCUGUACCACCACCAUCACCAUCAAAGAAUAAGAAAGGAGACAAGAAAGGAGAUAAAGGAGGCAGGACAUCAGCCACACCCGAACCUCCACCUCAACCUCAGAGUCGUACAAGUCACUCAGUAGACAUGCAGAGUAAAAUGUCACAUAGAGUGACAUUGGUUGAUGUUGAUGAUAAAGAAGAUAUUAAAUCCGAGGAACCAUCAUUUGAGCAGCCCUUCCAGCAACUGUUUAUUUCAUGUCCUGAUGGCCUUAAUGUUAAAUACUUCCUUGAGAGUCAUAUUGGAAUGCGACCUCUAGCAGAGGAUGAUAGACGACUUCUGGUGAAGCAGAGUUAUCCAUAUAAAACAAACGGUCACCAACCAUGUGAAGCUGCUAGAAAGAAGUAUGCUCUAGCUGAGGUCUCUAGAGUGAUAACAUCUGAAGGCACGGUCAUCAAAAAUAUGGUUGAUGGCUCCUUAGAGGUUUUAUAUGCUGAUGGCACAGUAAGCAUUCACACAGGUCAUUGGGAUCUUCCACGAAGUAGAGAAAGUUCUCCACAGAGACAAAACAGUGGAAGAAGUCAACCAGAGACACCUACUAAAGACAAAAAAGGAGGUGGUACAGAUCGUAGUGGAAAGAAGGGUAAACAACAGUCAGAGGCUACAGAAGAGACAUCUGUUGAUGAGGACAAGAAAAGUGUGUGGAUUAUGACAUAUCCAAGUGGAGAGAGAAUGAAGUUCUCACAGGGAUCUCCACCUGAAGAACUCAAGUCUGUAAUGAUCAGUCAGGCCUCAGAUCCAGAAACAAGUCAGUCGAUGGCAACACGUGAUGAUCAUGUGAUGACUGUCAGUUACCCGGAUGGUACUACUAUACUGGAACAUGCUGAUGGUACCCGUAUUACAACAUACUACAGAGAAACACAGAUUCCACUUAGUGAAAAUGGAACUGAUGAUGAUGACAAAGAAUAUGAUGUACAGACAAAUAAGUUUGUGAAAGUGGAAUGUCCAGGAUUUGCUACAGUGGAGUUUAAUUGCUUGACAAGUGAAAAUUUGACAAUAUUUGGUAAUGGAACAACAGUUAACAUUUUCCCAGAUGGUUAUUACAUGUUACACCACUUUGAUGGAGGCCGACUUGAGGUUGAUACUGAGGGCAUGCUAACAUACUUCCCACGUCCAUUGAAAAACAUGGAGCAAUUACUGCCAGACCGUGAAAUACGUUACAUGCUCUGUCAUAAUGCUGAUGUUACUGUUGAAACUGUCGACAGUGAUGGAAAUGUUUUUAACGUUAAAAACAAUGGUGAUUUUAGUGUAAUUCCUUCCAAUGCUGAUGAUGUUUCUGAUAUCAGUAGUGAAGAUGUGACAAGAAAUGACAGAAAAGUGACAGUCUUCAAAGAGCAUGCUCCAAGAUUCUUUAUAAUUCAUAGCGAUGGUUCUGGUACGGAACUCAUGCGCUACCAAGAUAUAGCUGAGUAUCUGACAAGUGCUGAACAAAGUCCUGCUACUGCUGUUCUUCGUGACGAGCUACCAGACUUCCCAGGCGUUGUGGGAAUCACUGUACUCAAGCCAUAUUUUGGUGGUCCUUCAGAACGUUGGCUCAAGAAGUAUGAUCAGGAGUCGAUCAUUCCACCAGGAAUUAGAUGCAGAGAUCUUACCACUCUGCCACCUAAGGAGUUCAAGACAGCAGGACCAAAGUUUGGUACAAAUGUAGGUCAAGGCCUCUCAGUUGGGGCUGCUGUUAAGACUCAGUCCAAGAUUCCUAUAGUAAAAUGUCCCAACAUCCUCGAGCUUAGACAACUUAUCCAGUAUAAGCCAAUGUCAGAGAACCUCAGAGAUGUGAUGCAACGUGGAUUGCGAGAGUAUGCAGAGCAUGUGAAGUCUCGUAAUGAUAUGGCAGAAUAUAUGCGUGUUGUAGAUCCACGUACAGAAGAGGAGCGAAUCAAUGCUGCUGACCUUCACCAACUAGCUCAAGCUAAUAAUGAACUUGUUGACUAUGAAAAAGCUGAUGUGAAGAGGAUGUAUGAGAAAGCCCUGACACCCCCUGAGGCCAGCCCCCCACCAACACCACAACCUAAGCGUACUAAGGCUGACUGGGACCGUGAUGAGCGAGAAGUGGCAGAAGAAAAAGAAGGAUUAGAAGCUCUAAAAAAUAGAAAUAUACCAAAAUAUUUUGAUAGUGAGUUUGGAAAGGCCUUUCUCCUGACACAGGCAAAGGACAUCAAUGAACAAGUGACAUUUUUAAGUGACGACCCUCGACGUGAUGGUACCGAGGCAAUCAGACGUGACACAACAGAGAGUACACAGUCUCAGCCAGACAGACGUAGUGCUGGUAUGCCAGCUGCAAGAUCCACUGCACCAGUGACAUCACAAAGUGACAGGUCCAGUCAUUCAGAUGUGACCAAUCAGCCAAAAGUUCCUGUUGCAGAUACACCAAUGUCUUUUGCAGUGUACAGUGAAGUAGGUCAUUCUGCUAGUGGUAUGAGACCAGGCAACCCUACCCCAGCCCAUGCAGCCGGACAGGGGUCCCCUGCCCCUGUGAGACCUUCAGCACCAACUCCAGCUCAUGCCCAGAAGACUGUGCCUGGGCGACCAGAACCUGAAUUUACUGGAGAGCAGGAGAUGAUAGCUCAGAGUCUCAAAAUGGAUGUUCUUGGUCGACCUAGAAACAAACCUGUACCACUACCAGCAGUGAUCAAGGGAGGCAAACCUGGAGCUAUACCAAAUACUAAAUAUAUUCAAGUGGAGGAUCCAGUACGACGUAGGACCAAUAAUUCCUUACUAGCUGGUGCUACAGUAAAGGGACACAGCCAGUUGAUGGCAAUGAGAGGUUUGAUCCUUCUACCAGAGGAAGUGGAAUUUGGUGUGCUUAAAGAAGGCAACACUUAUGCAUUUACUGUGAUAUUGAAGAACACUGGUGUGGAUACAUGCAGGUUCAAGGUUAAACAACCUCCACCUGCCACUGGUAUCAGAAUAAUCUACAAACCAGGACCAGUAGCAGCAGGUAUGAAGACAGAGAUUGAUGUAGAGAUUUACGCCAUCGCUGUCGGUGUGGAGGGAGAGACUGGUGUAGGCUCAAUCCGGCACGAGCUUGAGAUUGUCACAGAAACUGACAUCAUCUUCUUACCAAUUAUUGCAACAGUUCUAACUGGCCACGAGUAUGAUAAUAGAGGACCUAACAGUCCCAAGGGGGGAAAAUCUCCUGGAGCAAGACUUGUUUCUACCAAACCUCCUUCCAAUACUGGCAUAAUACGGCCUAGAAAAGGCAUUACUUUAGAACCAGUUCCAGUGAAGUAGUCUUGUGAAAUGAUGACAAAAAUAUUAAUUGUUAUAUGAUAGUAUAUAUUUAUUUCUCAAAAUUCUUACCUUAAUAUGUAAAGAUAAUAUAAAGUGCAUGAAAACUUUUUUCAAAAUAUUUACUAAAGAAGUGUACUGUGAGGAAGUGAAAAAGAGACUUUAUUAAGUUUUUAUUUGUGUAUCUGUGAAGAAACAAUUUGCUUCUGAAAUAGUAUAUUAUAUAAAAUGACUGUGAUAUGUUUAAUAUUUUCUGUAUCUCUGUGAAAAAUUUGAAAUAAAACGUUCUUUUA